GUUGCCAUGUGGGACCUCGGCCACUGUAACCCGAAGGCAUGCUCGGGCCGUAGACUGGUGCGCCAUAGCCUGGUGCGCCUGCUCCGCGUGGGCCAGCGAUUCGGCGGUGUGGUGCUGACGCCCGUCGGCAAGAAGUGCGUUUCGCCGGCCACCCGCACCGCCGUCGCCGACUUCGGUGUGGCCGUGGUGGACUGCUCGUGGGCGCGCCUGGCGGAGGUGCCGUUUGGCCGCCUGCGCGCUGGGCACCCGCGAUUGCUGCCGUUCCUCGUGGCCGCAAACCCCGUUAAUUACGGCCGGCCGUGUAAGCUGUCCUGCGUCGAGGCGCUGGCCGCCACCAUGUUCAUCACUGGGUUCGAGCGCGAGGCGCGCCUCUAUCUCAGCAAGUUUAAGUGGGGCCGCCAGUUCGAGGCGCUUAACGAUGAACUGUUACGGGCGUACGCCGCAUGCGCAGAUGGCGCUGCCGUCGUGGCCGCGCAGCAGGCGUACCUGGCGAAGGCGCGGGAGGAGAAGGCGGCAGCGGUAGCGGAAGAUGAUCUACCGCGCUACACGUCCUCCGAGGGCGAGGACGAGGAGGAAGAAGAGGCUGCGGAAAGAGGGGAGGAAGAAGAGGCUGCGGAAAGAGUGGAGGAAGAAGCUGCGUGCGAGCGUCGUGUAGUCCGGAGUAACGGCAGAGGGUGCAAGUGGUUAACGGUGCUGAGGCUGAGGCUGGGGCUGGCGCCGGCGUCGGCCAGCGCAGCGACCAGCGCCAUGCUGCUGGGCCACGACCAGGCGUUCAGCAGGGUGGUGCUGACGCUGGCGGCCCUGCUGUCGGCCUACGUGCUGUUCUGGCUGCUGGGGCCUGCCGUUCCGCUGCUGGUGCUGGUGCUGAUGUGUGCCGUCGCCUUGACUGUAGUCACCACCGGCUGGGACUGA